AUGAAGCUCUCCGGUCUUUUCGUUCCAUUCCUUGUCGUCGCUACUCAGCUCGCCCUCGUACUAGCUGAUGAUCCAGAAAAUGGCGUAGCUCUAGUUCCAGGUGCCUUUGGUGUAUGGUCCGAUUGCAGCACCUCACCAACAAAAUAUAUAAGCUAUGCGUUAAGAGUCAUCGAUCAACCUCCCCCAGGCUUAGCACCAAAACCUAAUUUUGGUAAAACAGUCAAGGGCUCGAACCCCGAUCCCAAAACGUCUGCACAACUCAGUAAUGUUCUCUUGACUUACCAAAUGACUCAGAAGGAUCUUAAUAAUCUCCUCAGUCCAGAUCAAACUGCCGAUUAUCAAAUCAUACCAUCGAUGUCAUGUCAGGACAAGCCGGUUCGAAAGUGUGAUCGUGACACCGGUAAAGACCUGUUGAAUGACAACGUGAUCCAGUGCCUCGCUGUUAUCAAUCCCACUCCCAAAGAUGUGUUUAUGAAUUUGAGCAUAUCCUUCACUACAAGUGUAUUUGGUCCAAAGGCAUUUACUAGCCCCGAUGUUAAUACUACUGGUUCAACCACGACAGGUGGUUCUAAUAGCACUAAUCUUCCGGCCGAUUCUCCUCCUAGUUCGAACACAACAACGCCCCCUCCUGCUAGCUCCCAGAGCAAUAAUGCAAUGGGAAGAAUGGGAAGAGAACUACAAGGCUGGGGGGUUGUUAUUGCGGCCAUAAUUGGAUUGAUUGGAUUGGUUGGCGGGAUUUAG